UGGCGCGAAACGUACUGGGAAAUCCCUUAUGUGCUUUUUGGUUUGGUCGAGUAGCUUUUCUCCAUUGCAUUGUUUACUGACACCAUAUUCAGGGCACACACUGGUCAGAUACCUGAGCCAGACAUCGUGCCUGUUGAAGCCAAGUCACUUAUGCGAAUGCCAUGAUCAAAUGCCUGCAAGCACUGUCUGAUAAGAGCAGCCCCGACAACUUUGGCGGGUCCGCCAUUUCCCAUUGGUGGUCCAAGGCAGAUAUCUCCAUGAUGAGAUCAACUACACUGCUAGUCCUUGUGGCUCUCAGCUGGAGAGUUGGAUUCCAACAGAUACUUAGUGGAGUUGGGCCAGCGAAGGAUAACCGGAUAACGGCACAAAAUACGACCUUAGGACGCUCCCGUGGAACACGAAGAAGUGAUGCAGCCCAGAGUCCAUUACUCGUCAGUGAAAGAAAGGUGUACCUCCAGAGUGGUCGUGCCUACUGCCUUCCCUGCUCAGUCAUCCGACCCGGUGAUGUUGUGACAGUCAUCUUCUGGUUCAGAGGAGAGAGUGAGGAUGCCACUUUACGAGAUCUCAUCCUUCGUCAUGUUUAUCCUGAUGAUGGUCAGAGCUUUGCAGUGGACGACCGAUAUAAGAUUUCACCCUCUCACGGUCUCAUAAUCGACCCGGUGUAUUUGAAUGACACCGACAGGUACUGGUGUAAAACUGUGCGUGAGUCCUCGAGCCAGUUUGUCGAGGACUAUCUGGAUGCAACAGUACUAGGAAAUAUAUUCCCAAGAGAAAGUGAGGCUUCUGCCAGCAAUGUUAGUAGUUUUCAGAGACACGAAGUGGAUAACACCAUCGAGUGUCCAAUCCUCGCUAAGGCACCGGCACAGGAUGAAGUCACACUCUAUUGGUCAGUUUACAAUGAAACCAGACGAGAUCUUAAUAUUGUUUCUGCCAAAUUCUCUGACGGUGAGAGGCACACUUUUCCGAAGUAUGGGGAAGUGGGAAACAACAGAUUAGCAGUGGAGGAAUUCACGAAAAGAGAAGAGCGAUACUGCUGCCACUUAUUCGAGGUAUCUUCGGAGCUAAGGACAGGGUGUGUUGACAUGACCUGGGUGGCUCAGGCAAAUCAGCAAUAUCCCAACAUAUCAGGCUGUGAUAUGAACAGGAACACGUGCGCUUCGACACUCACGUUCCAGCAAGACUGCGUAGCUUAUGAAUGUUCCGUCAAAUCUGUCUAUCCAAAGCCCGCCCUCGACUGGACGUUUGCAAACUGCGUGGAUGAAGGAAAGCCUAUGUUCGUUCAGACUGCUUCUUCCACACCCCUAUCCGCCGAUCAGACAUACGACAUGAUUUCUAGGUUGUACAUCGUCGAGCCUCAGUUUGAGGGUGCUUGUGAAUUCACGUGUACAGCGAAUGGUGACGCCGUUAGAGAUGGAACAUCUAAGUUGACUCUUGCCAUCACACGUGGUAGUGACAAUGCAGCUACCACUUCUAGUUCGACCCUGCCGUUGCCCAUAUACACUCAUUGCGACUGCAAGUGGGCUUUGGUUGUAUUUCUCGCGAUGUUGACGACCUUCCUCAUCUGCCUUCUUACCACCUGGGCUAUUCUGGUCUUCCCAAGAAAUCGCAAGUUCAUCCAGAAACACAUCAAUGAGCUCGCGACUUUCAGCUGUUUGCAGAAGCACGAGGAGAAAGCAGCUACGGGACAAGAUACUGACAUCGAGAAUGGUAAAAAUGCACAGCUGGAUUCCGGUUUUCUAACAUCUGAUGAGAACCUCAGUGAAAACCAGCAAGAAAUGUCACCCAUGCUAGGGGAUGCAAACGUAGAGACGGGUUUGAAGGAUGCGACAGACGAAGGUUCUCUGUGUCUUGUGGUAAGAGAAGCUCUGGACGUUCUGUUUACAGACAGCAAAAACAAAUGGAGGCCCAUGGGCCAGUUCGUCACCCAGUCUGCUUUACAUGACGACAACGGGAGUGGAUUCCAGGCUAUUAAAGACGUCAUGCGCGGUCAAGAUGGUGGCCUGUUUGUCAUCGAUGCACGUGGCUUGCAUUGGUACGACUCAAAUUACACUCACCACUUUACUGACUUGAAUCAAAUACUGGACGAAGAAAGCUAUUGUAGUGUUGCCUGUUAUAACGCCAGUAAGCUCCUCUUAGGGUUAAACAGAGGAAAGAUUGUUGAGUUUGAUGUCCUCACCGGACAGAUCUGUAACUUUUGCUCCGUGACACCGGUAGGACAUGCAUAUGUUCAGCUAGCUGGUAUGUGCGUGGACAGUCUUGGUUUUCUUUUCGUGGGGGAUAGAAAUGGGAAGGCGGUCUCCUUGUUUGAUGAGAGUGGUAGGUGCAUAACGCGGAUGGAAAAUAUCAUCGAGCCUGUGUUCUCAUACGCGCAUGCUUGCCAAGAAGCACAAGGCCUAUUCGUGAGCUCUGGCACCGCGGUGAAGAAGUAUAACAUCGUGAAGAGCAAUACUAAUAGUAAAAUAGUGCCACAGGUAAGGUUCACAAUCGACCAAGGCUCUCUGGGCGUGGAAAAUUUCUAUUCUGGCUACGUCACAGUCCAAGAGAAUAAGUUAUUUAUAGUGAAUCACCUCGAGGUUGGUGAGUGCUUGCAGGUUUUGGAACAUGACGUAGGGAAGGGCACGAAGGAGCAUAGCUUCAUCGUGAAAGUGCCAGAUCUCCGUGGGGUCAGGUUCUUAGAAAGAGACAGAAUGGUGGUGUACACUGAUGAUGCCAUUCAUCUCUUUGAAAGGGGUGACAGUUCUGAAUAACUCUGCUGCAAAUGAAUUAGUAGCUGGAUAUUCGUAACUGCGUUACUACACAGCCUAGUCAACCUGUCAAAUGUGGCCAAAAGCUCUUCAUAAUUGAGUGAGUACGAAUUAACAUCAUUCUUAAAACUGUCCUCGUUAAUAGUUAUGUGUGGGCAAAUGUGUGAGCAGGACGCACAUUCCAUAGGCGAGAUGUCCUUGAUACAUAGGCAGACUAAUAAAGGCUUGUGUUGGACUUGGGUAUAGGUGAAUGGGUGUGCUGUUGAAGAAAAGCGUGUUGUACGAAUAAUAUCAAUGGGGUAAAAUUCCUGGAAGCUCGAGGGAUGGUUUAUAGUGCUGAUAGAAAGUGCAGAGAGAUGCAACAUCCGUUAUGUGGUCUAAGAAAAAAAUUCCAACUUGUAUUGGGUCAUUUGGAAGAAGAUUUGAUAUGCAUACUUUUGAAAGGGAUAUUUUAUGCAGACAAUCAUAUCUCCUACUUUUGGUGAUUUCAAAGGAUAAAAGCAAGUUUUUGCAUCUCUAUGCUGAUCAAAUUGUACAUUUUUAAAAAAAUUCUAAUCAACACAUUAUUCAGCCCCCAACUUGCUAAUCUGAUAAUUACACAGAUAUCAGAUAAUGUUGCCAUGCCAGGCAUCUGUAUUCAAAUGGAGUUAGUUUUUUUUUAAUAUUUGCCGGCUUAAAAAUAUAACUGGCCUACUGGCUACACUCGUAUUCACAUUCAUUUUUUCCCUCAUCUGUUUAUCCGUAUGGAAUGUAUUUUAUGAUUUUUAAGUUUUUCGUAGGCUUGUACACAUGAUGCGAAAUUACUGUUUUGUUGAAUUAAUUUGAUAUAGGAAGAGCUACUUCUAGAAUCAUACAUUUAUGCUCAGAAAAAGUGCUUAAUGCUAGCUAAAGAGCAACAUGAUACCACGACAUUUAAAUUUACCAAUAAGCAUUUUUGUAAAGACCAACUCCAACGAUGUUGCUUUUUCUCAUAUUGAAUCCUAUUCAGAAAAACCAAAUUUAAUAAAACUGGCACAUAUCAAGAUCUCCCUUGCAACACACGUUUUUGUGUUAAUAAAACACAGUUUUUGUACCCAUUUUUCCUGGGAGUCCAGUCUCCAGUUGUAAAAUGGAUGUGUCGUCACGACUCAUGAGCAUCUAAUGAAUAGUGAUUUCUGUGAUAUAUUACGCAAAAUUAUGCAAUACAUACAUGAUUUGGUAAUGAAUGUAUGAUUUAUUAAACACUAAACGCAAUACAAGUUUAUUUUCAAAACUUUUAAAACAGUUGGAGUUGGUCUUUAAUAAUAAGUCACGCAAACUGCAUUCAACGCAACAGGUGUAGAUUGAUUGGCUAUUGAAAACCGUUGGAAAUCAUUUACCAUGUAAUGUAAGAAAGCUUGCUCAAACAAGCCUCUGAACUAAUGAAAUGGCUAAUUAGGAUUUUAGUGUUAUGUAUGUUUCUUUUAUAUUAACUUGAAAAAAAUUGUAGCUUAGAUUCAGGAAACCAGCUUAAAUAUUCAGACGAAUACAUCAAUAUAGUUUUUUAAUAUUGGCCGUUAUAACAACAAUCUACUUUAAAACAGAAGUUCGGAAUCACCCUGGUCCAAAAUUUAUUACCUUGCAUUUCGAUUUUUUAGCUCCACCAUGCACAAUACAAUUUUGUCCAUCCAAACAAGAAAGCACCAAUGUUAUUUUUGCAGACUUUUUGGCGGCAAAAUCCUUGACUUGGAACACUUUCUUCUUCUCAAUAUAACAUGACAUAUCAAAGAAAAUUCCCUGGGUAUUACAUAUCACUCACAGUUAAAACGUAACUGCAACUCAUGGCACUAGGAAAAAAGUUAUAGUGUCUAGCCCUUUAAAUAUCAAUGGAAUCGCUAAGGAAAAUAAAUAUAAUCUGGGCAACCCUUUUGAAAACAGUUUCCCUUGACUUUGUUCUGACUCGGACAACUUCGGCCUUUCCUGUCUGUAUGGUUUUUAAAAGCUUCAAGUCAACGGAAACAUAUCCAGAAAUUGUUUCCUGUCUCCCGGGAGAUCUUUGAGGACUUGUAAGUGUCGCACUGCAUCACCUUUCCCUAGAACCAGCCAACCUGUGGCAGCGAAGUUCCUCCCGACAAGAAGGGUCAUGGGAAAUGAAGUAACGACCCAGCAUGCCCUCAAGCAAGGCUACGGAGAUGCCGGCCAUGGUGACGUCAGUCUAUUAACUGUGUCCAAAGACUAUCCAUUGAAACUGAAAUAAAAUGAAACAUCAGUCAACCCUGAAGGGCAAUCACGUUGAAAACACCUAUUCAGAGUUCUCUGGAAUUUAUCCUUUGGACUAAAGUCGAUCACGUCUUGUUAGAGAUUUCCAAACACAACUGAUUAUACUCUUAGCCCGAACAUCUCAGGGCCAUCACUUCCGCCAGCAACGCAUCGUUCUCCCAGUGUCAUCGUAGACUUGAGAAACCAUUCGAAACUUAACCACGACACAGCACUGCCUGAAGUGAGGCUGCCGAGGGGUGUUUUGCAUUAUGAUGUCAGUCCCUUAACUCCGUGUGCAGACUCUUGCCAACUUUCAAUGAAAAAAAUCGUUGCAAUGAACAAAUAGAUAAUAAAAGGAGCGUAUCCAAUA